CUUUUGGAUUCGGCUGCGGGCCUCUGGACGGUCAUCGAACCAGGAAAUGGCCUCGACUGAAGUCGAAGAGAUCCUCAAUCGCCUUCGUUCACCCCUCCCUGACUUGAAGACUGUUCUAGCGCUGCUCUGUGCGCCUCUGGACUCGAUCGGUCUGCUACCCCCCGCUUUCAGGCGGUAUAAUGUCGAUCCACUUCCCGCCGGAGCCAUAUCAAUCGCCAGACACAUUCCCGCCUUUCAACGAGAGAUACUAAAACAUAUUGGUCCCACGUGGCAGUCCUCUCUGGUUGAAGAAAAUGCGGGACCCAUAAUAGAUCAAUUCUUCUGCCCGGACAGCUUUUCGUUUGCGUCGUCAGCAACGGGGGACGUGACUGUACUCGCUUACUCGACGAUAUUGUCUCUCCCGCUUGCAGAGUACUCGAUAGGACUCUUGUCAAGGUUGUCCGAGCGAUAUCCCGUUGACAGACUGCACUCGGCUGUAUUCUCGCAUUCCCGAGCUGAGGACAAAGUGAAGAGAGCAGCGAGAUGGGAAGAUUGUGUGCGGAGCAUUGUUUCCGUUCCAGUACGGGUAGCAAAUGCCCUCGAGGGCAAGGAUAUCCCUCCCCAGCUAGAACAUGGGGUCUAUUUCAACCAGCUCUGUGAGCGCUGUGAGAUUGCGAUUGCGGCGAUGUCGUCGGACACCCGAGAGGAUGAAUCGGGGGGACUGACCUUCCUCCUCGCCAAGCUCAUCAAUCUCGGCUGCUUCCCUUCGUCGCCACCCUCUUCAAGAUCGCAGCCUUCUUUCUUCCAGGCAACCCUACCUCUUAUCCGAGAGCGACUUGCAGUGGAGAAUCUGCGGUAUUCUGGCGCCUGGAGAAAGAUCUUCCGCGGAUUCGCCUCCACUUUGGCCCUGCAAUCUGUUUUCGUAUCGCUUCUUUCUGCCUUGCCAGCAGACGGCAGGCUCGACGGAUCCCCGCAAGUCAGGUCCUCGAUUAAACGAGAGGGGCUGUUUUUGAAUUCGUUCUUGGGAUCCCUCGAUGUGGAAGAGGACUGGCAACUUUGGGAAGCCUUGUCUGCUGUUGUCUUGACUCGGGAAUGGAACGAGGCCCAUGCUCGCAUAUUUGUUUGCUGGAUCUCGGGCCCUCGUUGCAAUGCAGGCGCCUUGGAAACUUUGCUGGAUCGCAUACUUGACCUGGGGUCUAAUCCGGAACACAUCAAGCAUUCGCUGUUGAACAGACACAGAUAUGUCACUGCCAUUUUCCUCCUCACAUUGUCAUAUCUUCCUCCCUCAUCAUCGAAGCUGCAGUCGCUGGCGCUAUCUCCAGCGCUUAUCUCGAGCAUCGGACAAUAUAUCAGCCAUCUGGACGACUCAGUUCGGAGAUGCGGCAUGCUUGCUGCCGAAUUUGUUGCCCAACGCUCAGGCAAAACCCUUGACUUCAAAGAUUGGGACGGAGACAGUGACGGAAAGGUGUGGGCACGGAGUUUACGAGCACUACUUGCCAUCAAGGACGUGGACGCGGAAGUGCUUGAAGAACCGCCAAGCCUGCCGAUCCCCGAAGCUGUCGCGGAUGACCUGCCGCCCCUAGGCCAUCAUCGCGAGAACCCAAUCGAGGUCGGAUACGACUCGGACGACGACUCUCUGAGCGGGUACAUCUCCGAAUCUUCGUCGAGAUCGGUCUCGCCCACGCGAUCAGAACUGGCUGAGAUUGAGCAAGAUCCUACGCUCAGCGUAGGGCGCAAGAAAGUCCCUCGUCCCGUCUAUCUUGCUCAACUGGGGGCUCUGAUUCGGCCACCGGGGUCGGUGCAGGUGGACGAGAGCAAGCAGGCGGAUGAAUUGGAGGUGGGGCUUAGCUGCGCUGAGGAGCUGAUACGUAAGAAGACAGGAUAUGAGGAAAAUGCGGUCAAUCUGGUCUAUGGGUUGGUCGGACUGCAAGACAACUACGAAUUGGAAGGCUUCUCCGAAAAGAGGCAGGGUGCUUUGAACGCUUUGGUGGCUUGUAUUCCUCGAGUCGCAGCGACAUGUAUCAUCGAGGAAUUCUUCAAAAACCAGUACUCAAUUGAUCAGCGAUAUGUGAUGCUCAACGCUCUUGCCCUGGGAGCCAGAGAACUGGCCUCGCUCAGCAUCCCCUCUUCUGCCGUGCCUCGACAUCGUAUUGCUUUUCCAAGCAAAACAUUGCCGUCUCUUCUGCACCAGAAGUAUGUCGAGAAUGGCAACCAGCUGCUGCCUCGACUGGUCGAGGAUAUCAGCCAAGAGGCAUUAGACCGCGACGCUCGGGACAACGUAGAUAAGGUCCCUCAGCUCGUCCGAGAACGCAGACUUCGAGUCCAAAAGCAGCCCUUAGUCAAGGAGGUAGAGCCUGAUCGACCACUCCAAAAGACGUCCUUCACUCAAGUUGCUGCCGAAUGCUUCAUCGCCCCGCUGAUCAACCGAUUCUGGCAGAGAUACCAGAGCACCGGCACGGGACUCAUAUUGAAUCCUAUGGUUCUCUCUCACCUGUUGAUCACACUGGCUGUUUUGGUGCAUGCUUCGAAGAAUGCUCCCGAGUGGCUGGCCGUGAUAGCCCCUGAAGCAUUGGAGCUCGCGGUGACUCUUGGAACUCGGCCGAUGAGCCUAGGCGAUGACGACAACGAUGGAAACAGCGGUGGCAAGGAGGCAGCCGUUGUAAGCUCUGCUCUGGAGCUCUCUCUCAUCGUUCUCGAUGGAUGUCUGGAGGUCGAUGACGGCCGUUCAUUGGGCUUGGAUAACACAACUUUGCUUCUAGCAACCGGGGAAUGGGCCUCUUCUGUUUUCAGCUCUAUCGAGCGGGGUGCUAAACUACCUGGCGAAGGAGGGAUUCAGGAGAUCAAGCUCAAAAGAGCUGCCGCUGGUGUUCUACUAAAAUGCCGGAAACCGUCAUCCAAUCCCGACAAGCAUGUUUGCGAGACUACCCCGUCGGCUGCCCCGGGUGCCCGCGCCUCCCACGCGCUACCUGUCCUCCACGGCUUCGAAAAGAUCAGAGUCCCUUUUCAUCGUCCGUCUUCCCCACUUGCUCCUUCGUCUCGUGACCUUACCCAUUCUCAGCACCGUGAUACUCCAUACAACAACCCCCAGAUCGAAUUCAAAUUCAACGAAGAGAAUCUCAAGAAGGCCAAGGUCAUAAUAUCGCGCUACCCACCUCAAUACAAGAAAGCCGCCGUCAUUCCUCUGCUGGACUUGGGACAGAGGCAGAACAAGGGAUGGACCAGUAUCAGUGUGAUGAACUAUGUUGCAAAGACGCUGGAAAUGCCGCCUAUGCGAGUCUACGAGGUCGCCACGUUCUACACCAUGUUCAAUCGUGAGCCGAUAGGCACCCACUUCGUCCAAGUGUGCACCACCACUCCGUGCAUGCUCAUGGGUUCUACUGAGAUUCUCAACACGACUUGCGCCCAUCUUGGUGGCAUCAAGCCUGGCGAAACGACGAAAGACGGCAAAUUCACUGUCAUCGAGGUGGAAUGCCAGGGCGCCUGCAGCAAUGCCCCCAUGCUCGUCGUGGGCGACGACUUCUAUGAGGAUCUGACUCCGGAGACGACCAAAAAGAUCCUGGAUGCGUUUGCGAAGGGCGAGAAGCCAAAGCCUGGACCGCAAAGUGGCCGUCAGACCAGCGAGAACUCGGCCGGAUUGACCGCGCUUACUAGCAAACCCUACGGACCUGGUGAACACUGCCAGCCAGAGUUUCGAUAAUCAGCAUUAGAAUGAGUUCACAAUACAAUGUAUCGUGCAUGUCCCAGUUGAUUCCAUCGACUUCAGUCAUCGCCCUCUCCGUCGUC